CGGGGAUUAACUUCUUCCCAUAUUUAACUAUAUAAGCUGAACCACAAUUAUCAAUUGCCAGCCAUGUCUUCAGAGAUGCACCAUAGUUUGCAGCGCUCAUUACCUCCCGAACUCCUCUAUCAUGUCAUAGAGGCUGUCUUGCCUUCGGAUCCACUGGCAUUAAUCCCAGCAUCGCAUAUUUCGACAAAGACAUUACUUUCUCUGACACGGGUUUCGCGAGAUACAUACAAGUUAGCUAGUCGGCUGCUUCGAGAGCGAUGCCUCUACAUUGACACUAGUAGGCGUCUUGCGCAGCUGUUGCUCUGUCUUCCUCACUCUAUGCCAAGUCUCCCACCUAUACUGCCACUACGGGAUAUCACAUCACUCUAUCUAGCCCCAUUUAAAGACAAACUAGACGACCAGCCCACAGCAGCUUGGGUGCGGGAGCUAUUCUGCGAAAUAUGCGGUACACUGCGAAGGCUGGUUGUCGAUAUGCCAUUCCAGAGUUUGGAUCCACUGGAUGAUCAUCUGAAUGUCAGGAGGACCCUUCGCGAGGGUUUCGAGCGGCUGGAUAAACUAGAGGAGUUUGUCUGCCUUGGUGAUUACCCGGCACUGAGUCUUCAAGAUGCUCCUACUGAUGUCUGGGGUUUAUGGCCGGAUCUCAAACGCCUUACAAUAUUUGGUGCACCACUUGAUAAUCAUUGGCUGUGGUGGUAUAUCGCGACGCAACAGCAGCUUGAGCAUGUCAUCCUCGCUCGAUCAGUGAAUGUCGAAGCAGCCAAUAUUAAGGAGGAGUAUUUCCACAAACUACCACGAGAUGAUAUGCGGUUGGACCGGGAUAUCAAGAUUACCAUUCUAGAUGCAGCUUUUGUGUGGAGGGGUGUCAAGACAUCACGUUGGAAGGAAUUUGAUCCAAAGGGACGGAUGACAGUUGAGCUGUAUGAUGUGCCAACAUCGUUCUAUGGUGAUGAGACACCCCGGGAGCUUGUGACGACGUGGGUGAGACGAGGUGCCUUGAACGGGAGUUUAUGGGAUUGGGAGGGUGAAGCUGUUAAAGAGACUGCGAACGAUACUACUUGAUGUGUUGUUAUUCGAUACCCAAUUUUCUCAUUGUCAUAUUGAUGAUAUACGUCUUUAUUUCCGUUCAUUCUCAUAUUUAGCCGUGCUCGUAAACUGGAUGUAGUAUGAAACAUCACCACUUGAGGGGAUGAACACAUCACAAGUUACAGAACACCCAAAAAGUAUACAUUUGACCUCGGAUAGAUAAUCAAAUCCAAACUCCAAGUCAAGUCCAUUCAACUGAAAACCCCGCAAUGUCCAAAUCAAUCGUGUACGGAUACAUCGGAAACGCAGCUCAAACAUCCAUCAGUUGUGAGGCUCCCGGGUAGCUUGUUCAAUCUCAGGGUAUCAAAAAUGGUGGUCAGCAGCUCAAAAGAUUGGGGGUUCAGAGCCAAAUCCCGCCGAAAGC